AUGCAGCGCUGCUUUGAUGAAGGAAAGUGGUUUGACGCGAGCAUGUUGCACGCGAUGCGAACAUUUGAGAAACGCUUUGACGGCAUUGACAACAGCGCGGUGAGAAACAACUCAAGGCAUAAUAUCUCAUCUCAUGGGAGUCAUGGCUCCGGAUUAUUUGGGAGCCGUGAGGACUUCGAGCAUAGCGAUGAUGAGGAUCACAAUGCAGUCAGCCAAGAUGAUCACGUGUUGGAUGCUGCUACUACUAAUGCUGCUGGUGCCGGUGCUGGUAGUGGAGGUGCUGAGUUUCGACACGCCUUUUUCCCCGCAUCCAGCUCUUUUUCUGGGGCGGGGGGGGUGUUGCAGCAGCGACGGCUCUCGUGGUCACUUGGAUGUGGUGUGCUCACUGUGGUGUGUUACGCGGCGAACGUGCAUGAACGUGAUCCUUCUUCGAGUGUGCAGCUGGUGAUGCCGCCUAUCGGUUUUUUGCUGUUGCAGGCAGUUGAACGCUAUGGUGAUUCCUCGACCACGACAUCCAUGCCUAGCCCUAACAGCUGUACUAUGGAAUUCCUUCACGGCAUACUACCUGUCGAGGUGCCGAAACCGCUCCUUGCAGCUGUUUUGGGUGGCCUGGUGCGACAUCGCAUUGUGAAGCGGACUGUUCUCGCCAACAACUGCAGCAGUGGUGGUGACACGGGUGGGGUCAGCAUGUACAGUCUGCCGGCAUCGUUUGCGGGUUGCAAGAAGCGGAAAGUCGUCAUUGACGUUGCCAACGCGCUGCAUCACUGGGUGCCGUACUUGCAGGAUGGGCCUGAUGACAGCAAGGCAAUCGUCAUGACAGUGGAUGGCAUUCUCGACACGGAACGGCUGAGGAAAUUGGAAGCUGCCGUCGUACGCGUUAUGAAGGAGAAACACUCGCUUGCGCAUUCCGAUCUUUUUACUUCAGUCGCAGCACUUCUUGUGACCCAUUUUGUGGUCACGGGACCAAUGUUUAAGCGUUGCGUGACGCAGCUCAUUGAGCGGGAGUUUAUUACGAGGCAGGGCCGAGAUACUUAUGUAUACCUCGUCUAA